UUAGCAGAACGACGUACAGCCUCCAAAGCAUCGAGAGUGACUAACUUACACGUGCGAAGUGUUAUUGUUAUAAAAGAAUUUGAAGCGCCCGAUUGGUUAUCGCCUUCCGCGCCAAUUUAAUAACCAAUAGGAAAUUAGGUCAACUAGCACCUGUUAGUUGCGUGGGUGGUAUUUGGUAUGUGGUUAUGAAUUAAUUUACCGGAAGUCGGAAUCCCCAAGCUUUAAAGUUUUUAAAGGAAAACACUUUAGAUUGAUACAACUCCGGUGUUUCUUAAUCGAUUUUCACGCGGUUUUCACUAAAAUUUAACAAAUCUUUGUAAUAUUUAUAACUUGAUUUCAAUAAUUACAACUACAUAUAAUGAAACUAUCCUUAGCUGUAUGUAUGUAUGUAGUAACUAUAUUAUAACUUAACAAAGUCGUUAUUAGUUAAAAAGUAAUAAAUUAUGAAUGUUACAAAAUUUGCUUAAACGUCCUGGUAUAUUUAUUUGCGAACAAUUCCGAAUCGGAACGAUGUGGGUGUAAAAAUGAACAGAACCGUUCAAUAAACUGGGCAUUCACGUACAGAAACGUACUGCUUUUAAGGAUUUAUAAUAUGCAAAUAAAAUUAUAAACAAAUGAAUUCGUGUUUAAUACCUCAACCCAAAAAAGAUAACUGUUGGCAAAACAAGCACAUCGAAUAUGAAAAGAAAUCGAAAUCUUGUGAUGCAGAUGUAGUUUGGAUUGGAGAUUCUAUUAUAGAACGUAUUCAAACAAGUUCAUUAUGGAAAGAAAAAAUCAGCAAAUUCAAAUGCGUUAAUUAUGGAAUUGGAGGAGAUCGAGUGGAGAACGUACUGUGGAGAGUUGAAAAUGGAGAACUAGAUUUUAAUUGUAAAAUAAAAGUUGUUGUAUUGCACUUGGGAACAAAUAAUAUAAGUCAAUCUGUCGAAGAAAUUUCAGAAGGCAUUGUUAAUUUGGUAGAAAUUAUUACGAAAAAAUUAGAUGAUGUUACAAUACUAUUUCCGACCCUUCUGCCGAAAGGCCAAUUUCCAAAUAGAGGACGCGAAACAAACCAAAAAGUUAACGAAUUAUUAACUGAAAUAUUUUCUGAUAGCAAAUAUAACGGAAAAGUGAUUAUUAUACCUAUACAUAAAAAUAUAAUUGAAAACAACGGUACAAUAUCUAGGAAAAUGCUUCACGAUUACCUUCACUUAACUGACGAUGCAUAUAACAAAGUAUUUUUACCAGUUUAUGCACAAUUAGAAUUAAUUUUAGGUACCUAGGUUUCUUA